AUGGAAAAUGUUUCUAUCGUUAGAAAUUUCAUUCUGGUCGGUUUCAACGAGUCAUUUAAUUACAGAAUAACGCUCUUCUCACUCACUUUACUGUAUUACUGUAUGAUUCUGUUUUUCAACAUCUCUCUCAUCGCCAUCAUUAUCUCAGAUGAAGACCUGCAUGAACCGAUGUACAUCUUGUUGUGCAGUUUUUGUUUUAAUGGACUUUACGGGACCACAGGUUUCUACCCUAAAUUUCUUCUAGAUCUGCUGUCGCCUGUUCAGGAAAUCUCCUAUGCAGGAUGUCUCCUCCAGGCUUUUGUCAUGUACUCGUUUGCCUGCUGUGAGUUGUCCAAUCUAGCAGUUAUGGCCUAUGACAGGUACCUGGCUAUAUGUCGACCGCUGCACUAUCACUCUCUGAUGUCCAAGAGGAGGCUCUCUCAGCUGGUGUGUUUCUCCUGGCUCACACCUUUCUGUGUUUUCUCCAUCAAUGUCGGGCUAACGUCCAGACUGAAGCUGUGUGGCAAUAACUUACAGAAACUCUUUUGUGUGAACUGGGUCAUCGUUAAACUCGCCUGCUCUGAAGCCGACACAUUUUCAAACGAGGCAGUUGCAUCUUUUAUAAUUUUAAUCUAUUGCUUUCAUGGAGUUUUCAUCAUUUGGACGUACAUGCAUCUUAUUAGAACUUGCGUGAGGUCCAAAGACGACAGUAGAAAGUUCAUGCAGACGUGUCUGCCCCAUUUGAUUUCUAUGAUCACGUUCCUUGUUGUGAUAGUUUUUGAUUUGAUGUACAUGCGGUUUGGCUCCACAGAUUUGCCUCAGGGCCUUCAAAACUUCAUCGCUAUAGAAUUUCUCCUCAUUCCUCCGCUCAUGAAUCCUCUAAUAUACGGAUUCAAACUGACCAAAAUACGAAAUAGAAUUCUACUCCAGUCUUUCACAUUUCCCACAACACCUCUGUGUCCUCAUCUUCUGCACAAACACGUGUGGGUUAGAGCUGGAGUCUGUGUCCACUCCUCUCCAGGAAGGAACCUGUGUGUUACCAAGCAGCCCUCCACAGACCACCCUCUCAGUUGGAUGGGGACUUUUGGGGUCAUUGUCCUGAAGGAAGACAAACCUAAGGUACAGUCUGAGGUCCUGAGCACUCAGGAUCUUCCUCAGCUUUCCCUCCACCCAGAGAAGUUCCUUUGA